AUGAAGGAUAAAGCACUUGCAAAGGCAUGGGAAUCCUUAGCUGUUGUACGGAAGCGCUUCCGUAUUGGAGCCGAGUGGGUUCAUCGUCCCACGAACUCCGAGGGCGAGGAUUGCUUGAUCGGGAAUAUGGGCCUCAAGGCUAACUACAAGAUUCUGAUCGCGAUGGUUGAGGACCUCCAGGUUCGUACUCUUUACCGGGCGAUUGCAGCUGCACUAGGGCAGGAAUACCCCGACUCCGAACCCGAGGGUGAAGACGAGGGAGAGGGUAAUGAGGAGAAUGGGGAGGAGUGUGAGGAAGAAGAUGUACAUGAGGAGGAGUGGGAGGAAGAGGAUAACGACAACAACGAUGAACCCGAGAUAAUUGAGGAUGGGCCGGUAGCUACGCCGCCGAAAAGUACACCGGCCGAGCUGCAUGCAGCUAUUCGGCGAAGCCCCACAGCAGGUCCGAUCGUGAUGAUUGACGACAGCCCGUGCAAGAAAACGCUGGCUGCAUCCAAAUCCUUUAAAGCAUUGCCCGACCACCAGGACACACAGACCUACGAUGCUGAUGCGAUUCUCGCUGCUGCCCUGCCGCCUGAGAAGAAAUCCAAGAAGGGCAUCAAUGCCAACAAGAAGCAGGGGCUGGAAUUGACCACGCCAUCGCCCAAGGCCUCGCAUGUCCCAGAGAUCACUCCGCCAAAGGUCGACAUGAAGAAGGUGAGUCCGGAGGAGCAAGCCGCACUCAAGAAAUCGUUGUGCCCCAAGAAGGGCAAAGGAAAAGGCAAGGGCAAGGGCAAGAAAAGCAUCGCUUCGGAGCCUGAGCCGGUGUUGACCAGGAAGAAUAAGAAGCAGGCUGCUGUUGUGGCUGAGGAUGAGUGGAUGAUUCAUCGGCUGCAGAGCCAACGGCUAAGGGAGCCGGCCGUGGUCGUGGCAGCAAAGGCCGUGGUCGUGGAAGAGGGUGUGCAACUGGUGAUGCUAAGGUUUACGGAUGUGCUCGCUGUCGUUUUGCAAAGACGGGCUGCAGUCAGUGCAGAAAGCCUGGCUACAAGCCCCGUGGCCCUCGCUCGGGCAAUGCCUGAGCGACCUAGAUCCUUCGGAAAGGUCGACUUUUCGUAUCGGUCACAGAUCGAUAAAGCGAAUCAGUUGCUGCACAACCUGCAGAUGUUGGUGCUACAGAAAGAGCAGAAUUCGAAAGCCGAAGCUGCGACCUCUGCAGAACCAGUUGCCGAGCCCCCAACAGCUGUGAGCCCUGCAGAACCAAUUGCCGAGCCCGCAGCAGCUGUGAGCCCUGAAGAACCAAUGGCCGAGACCCAGCAAGAACAGUACGAGACCCAAGAAGAAGCUGCACACGAGUCACGACUACUCGGUCGCCUGGAGUUUCUGGAACGUCUUGAAGCUGCAGUCGUGACAGAUGAGCUCACGCCGACAGAGCCUGAUGGCGAUCCGUACUUUGACUUCUCAGAUCUCGAGUGUGCUUUGAAGGUCCCACCACCUCCCGCACGGCUGAUCGCCACACCCGCCCGGGCCGCUUCCACUUGGGACCUCCGGUCUUCCCAAGAUGCACAGGCCUUGCGAGACCCAACACCCUCACCAGCUGAGAUGCCGAACGAAGACGAUUACUUAGGGGUUGAUGAAGACGAUGCUAUGCCUGACAGCGACAUCAUGGCUGGACUCCACGCCUUCGUGAAGGCGAAGGCCGACGCAGGAUCGGCAGUGGAGAUCGAGAUGAACGAGCCGGCCCCGGAAGUCGAAAACGCCGACGGUGCCGAAGACCCAACCGACCCAGCUUCUGCACAUGUGAUCCGGGUGUCUUCGCAGGAGCUGGCGAAGUACGAACGCUUCGCCCAGCGAGCUGAGCUGAUUCUUGAGAGUCGGAAAGAGCAGACCCUCGAGGUCGAAUCGGGCUUCUACAGUGAGAAGGCCAUGAAAGACGAUCUUAAGUUUUCUCCGACCAGGAUCAAGGCCGUCAAAGCUUACUGCAACGCCACGGAGCAGCGACGGCGGGAGCUCAUCCGGAAAGACAAAUACGAGCCAGACAUCCUCGAAUAUUGGACAGACAUCAAGACGUCGGGCAAACUUCGACGAUCGUCUUCUGAGACCACAAUCAGGAGGAUUGAGGUUACGGAUAUUGGGGGAAAGUUCCCUGGGCUCCUGAUGGACGAGGGGUCGGCACCUGUGCCCGACUUCUGGGACCACUCACCCUCUGCUUCGACAGAGCCCGUGCCCGUGCCAUUGGCUCUCACCAACACACCCCAUUCGAAGCCAGAUGUGGGCCAAGUGCCUGGGGUCCUGAAAGAGAUCUUGAAAGCCCAGAACAAGGCUCUCAAGGUGCUCGACAAGGUCUCUGCAGACAGUAUGGAUGCAAGUACCGACCAGACAGCAAAACUGAGGGACGAGGCAUCCAAGCUUGUGGGUUUGCACGACGACAUUGCCGAGCUGAAAUCCAAGUAUGAUUCACAGAAGAGCUUGAGCUCGGAGUGCUCUCGGCUGGAAAUGGAGGAGCAGAAAGUCCGGAGGAUCGUGCUUCGCAAGUCGACGCCGGCUGCUGUGACAAAGGCUAAAGCUAAGCCAAAGGCCGGUUGCAAGCCGGCUCCGAAGUCGAACCCAAAGAAGAACACACGUCACGACGAUGGCGACAGCGAUGAUGAUGAUCAUGAUGGCGGCCGUGACGAAAGUGACGAUGAAUGUGCAGCCAAGCCGAGAACUGCCAAGGGUAACAAUAAGACCAUUGCUGCUAAGUUGGAUCCUGUUGUGUUUGAUACGUACUUCAUCUUCGUCAGCAGCGAAUGCAGGUCCAGCUGCCAAAGCCUUGGCACGGGCGAGCUCAUCCGGAGCGCCGUUUCGGAUCGCCUCAUUUGUGACCUGGCUUCUGGAUUCUGGGAAGAGCACGAGUCCCUGAAUUGCGAGGCUGAAUUGCCGAGCAGUGCUCUUCUACGCAAGAUGCAUAGGAAGAGGCAAACGAAACACGAGAAUACUACGCAGUCGAUCCUGAAGGAGUUUGGCUUGUCGUGUCCGAUUCCUCUCGACUAUGUAGAUAUUGGAGAUCAAGGGCAACACGAAGUUUUUCGGGCAGAAUCCUACCUCCGUAUUUUCAGUCUUCAUGACAAGAUGGGCUUAUUGUUGGGCCAUACUCAGACUUUCAGUGUGGUGAAGGAAUUCUGGCAUCGCUAUCGAGGCAUCGACCCACAGCAUCCGGUGUUUUCGUACCAUGCUGGGCGAGAGCAGUUUGUUGUACCGUGUUGUUUACACGCUGACGAGGGCAGGACCCUCAAGAAAUCCUCGAUCAUGGUUUGUAACCUACAGCCUAUCCUCGGCGGCAAUCCCGACCCGCAGUACGACCCGGAGGAGCUUCACACGAACAUGAAAUUCAGCUCCUUUGCCACUCGUCUCUUGAUGUUUGUCAUGCUGAAGAAAGUUUACAAGAAGGACUCGACACCGCUCCAGAAAGUCUGGGCAAGCUUGGCCGAGGAGCUUCUCCAUCUCUUCGAACAGGGAGUUGAGUUGAUCCUUGGCUCUCAGAGAGUGACGAUCUAUAUUUCCCUUUUGGCCAUCAAAGGGGAUUGGCCCCUGCUUGCCAAGAUUGGUAAGUUAGAAAGGUUCUUUGGCCGCAAAACCCGCAAAGACAAACCUGACGGAGCAGGGAUAUGCCAUUUAUGCCUGGGGGGCUGCAGCUCUUAUCCUUUCCAUGAUUGCUCUAGUGAUGCUGCUUGGCGAUCGACCUACCUUGCCCACGACCCGUUCAGAGGUGUUUCAAGCUUUGCAAUCCUCCCACAACACGGUCCACUCCUGUAUCGGUUUGAUAUAUUCCAUUGCUGCCAUAAAGGCAUAAUGGCCGAGCUUGCUGGGAGUGCACUAGUGGGACCCUCAUGUGUUCAGCAUCUUAAUUUCAAUUGGUGUCGUAUUAAAAAGAUAAUUCAUGUUUCUAGCUGGGAAUAA